UAUAAGGCAAGACUUCCUCUUUAAAAUAGCAUUUCUCUGGAAGUGAAAGUAAAGUUGUUAUGGGGUGAAACUGACGGGAAAAGAGAAAAAAAUAAAAUAAACGGACCAAUGAGAGGGCAGGAAACACAAUAUGAGCAGAGAAAGGGCUGCUGAGAGCUCACACCGAAUCCAGACACUUUCAAGGCAACUAGUCGACCCUCCAUAAACAUGAGACCAAUCCCAGACAGCAUGAAGGUUUUGUACUUUGCCAGAACGUCUGAAGAGCCGUUUGUGGAGAUCAUCACUGAUAAACCAGACAAGCGUCGACAGAGUCUCUGUAGCUCCACAGACUCUGAAUAUGAGGAUCUGCUGCCAGUUUUAACAGACAACAGUCAGAUUUUGCAGCAGCAGCAUCUAGAGCAACUGAUGAAUCACAUUCCAGCGCGGACUCAAGGGUAUCCAUGGAAAUUACUGUAUAGCACGGCAGAGCACGGCACCAGUUUGAACACGCUCUACAGACACAUGGCAGACAUAGACAGACCUGUUCUUAUGGUCAUCAAGGACAUGGACAACCAGGUUUUUGGAGCGUUCUCUUCCGACGCUUUCAAAGUGAGCUGCUACUGUUACGGCACUGGAGAAACGUUCCUGUACAGCUUCAGUCCGGAGUUUCAGAAAUUCCAUUGGAGUGGAGAAAAUUCCUACUUUGUCCGAGGCUUCCUCGACUCGCUGCAGAUGGGAGGCGGAGGUGGAUACUUUGGCCUGUGGUUGGACUCCGACCUGUAUCACGGCUCAAGUUACUCGUGCAACACUUUCUACAACCAGCCGCUCUCACUCCAUCAUGACUUCACCGUCCAGGAUCUGGAGGUGUGGACCUUCAUAUGAGGAGAAAUCGAGAAUCUUCCCAGCGCGGCUAAAGGUGUUGGGUUUAACCGUUGCAUUGCAAUGAACCGUUCCGGCCCUGAAACUGCCGUAUCUUAUCUCCCAACUGAGUCGGUUAGAGGUGGAUCAAGAAAACAAGUUGGGGCAGGAUCUCCGUUUGCUGUUGCAAGAUUCAGUAACUGCACAAAUCCAGUCAAAGUCCACAGAUCUGACAAUAAUCGGCGGGAAUGGAGUAAAGCUUCCAGAAUGGCACACCCUGUAUAUUCAGGGCAAGAUCUAUUUAAAAUGUACUAUUUAAGCUAAUAUUUGUGUGGGAUGGAAAUCCAGAUAAGUCACUUAUGACAUUCCAUUUCAGUUAGGAUUCUGCCUUAGAAGGUAGCGCCCUAUGUAGGCCAUAGACAGCAAGACAGCUCACUACUGUAAGUUAUGGAACAGAGAUCUAGAGUACUACUGAGAAAAGUCACUUUGCAUUCAUACUCGGUGACUUUUUAUAUAAUGCACUGAACAGAAGACAAAUGGUUUACAUGUCAUACUACUAAUUGAUUUGUGUCUGGCGAUCAGUGCAUUAAUGCAAACGAAUGUGCAUUAAUGAAAAGGGUCUAUGGUGCGAUUUGACUACAAAUGACUCUAUUUAUGUAUUUAAAUAACUUGUUUGAACUGUGUAAAGAUGUCAAUUUUUAUAAACAUUGAAUUAUUUUUAUGGAUACAAGUUUGCAUUUCUCAUUCAUUGCUGGCAUUGCAUUUGUUAACUUUGAUACGUCCAAUAAAAAGCAUUGCUUUGUCUG